GACAGUUCUGUACCUGACGCGGUGGGGAUCGGGUGCGUGGCGAAGGUUAGAGGGGAUACUCUGGGAUACCCAGAUACAGAUACACCGGAAGCAGAUAACCUCCCCAGUCUCCACGGAAGUGACGCUGGCAGAAAUCCGGACCGCAUAGCAGAGAGUGCAGAGGGAGAGUGAGCGAUAGAGAGGAGUGGGGAGAGCGGGAGAGACCCAAGGCCAGUGACAGAGCGGGGAGUGGAAGAGGAAGAGAAGAGAGGGAAAGAGGAAGAGAGGAAAGGGAGAGAGAAGAGUGAGAGUGAGGGAAUCAGAUUAGAUACUGCGGGAUUAUAUUCAGUGAUCUGCAAGGUCACAUAAAAUAUUUGAGAUCGCAGAGGUCAAGAAAGGUCAAGCGAGGCUGCAUAAGGUCAUCUAAGGUCAGAGAGGUCAAGAAGAAGGCGGAGUUUUACCAACUGCGUAACACAGCUCUUCUCAGCACAGCACGUGAUGUCUCGACUACUCCUCCUCCUUCUUUUAGCAUCAACCACCUCCCUCACCUCCUCCAAACUUCACCUCAGUAUCCUUCACAAUAAUGACAUCCAUUCUCACUUUGAUCCUGUCAGCGGAAGGACCACAAGCUGCCGACCUCCUGAACCCUGUUACGGCGGCAUCGGGAGACUCGUCAAGGCGGUCAACACGUUCAAAGACUCGGUGCCCAAUACGCUGUUACUGUAUGGAGGAGAUAUAUUUCAAGGACACCUGUACUACACUCUGUUCAAGUGGACGGUAAUGGCGGAUAUGAUGAACAUGGUGCCCUAUGAUGCUAUGGCGCUCGGCAAUCAUGAAUUUGACGACGAUCUGGAAGGUCUCCUGCCUUAUAUGGAAAACAUCUCUCAUCCGCUACUUUGCACCAAUAUCGACUUUGGCGGGCGAGCUUCGGAGGUCACCGAUAGAUGUCUCUCCAGUCUGAUACGGGAGAUGGACGGGUACAAGAUCGGCAUCAUGGGAUAUACCACACCGGAGACGCCGGAGCUGGCUCCAGUGACGUCAUCCGUUCAGUUCUCGGACGAGAUAGCGGCACUACAGCUGGAAACCCGUCGUCUUCAGGCGGCGGGGGCGCAGAUAAUCAUCGCAGUCGGACACUCGGGCUACCCGAGGGAGAAAGAAAUGGCGGCUGAGAUUGACGGGAUUGACGUCAUCGUGGGGGGUCACUCACACUCGCUGCUGUACAACGGUACCGCUCCGGACGACAACCCCGUUGAUGGCCCGUACCCAACGGUCAUCCGUCAGCCCUCGGGCCGUACCGUACUAGUGGUACAGGCGUACCAAUACGGAAAGUACCUCGGGGUACUGAAUGUGACCUUUGAUGGAGCGGGCGAGGUAGAGGAAUGGAGUGGAGAGCCGAUGGUGCUGGAUGGAGAUAGGGAUGAGGAGGCAGAGCGGCGCCUGGAGGGCUACAGGGGACAGAUUCGUAUCAUGGAGGCUCAGGUGAUCGGCCGAACCCUGGUUCACCUGGUUGGUGACAGAACCGUGUGCAGGUUCCGCGAGUGUAACCUCGGUAACCUAAUAGCUGACGGAGCGUUGAGGCGGUGUCUGAUGGUCGGAGGACAGGGGUGGAGUCAGGUCACAGCCGCCAUUGUCAACAGCGGAGGUAUUCGCGAAUCCAUCCCACCAGGGAAUAUCACCCAAGCUGACGUUCAACAAGUUCACCCCUUCGGUAACACACUGAACGUGGUGACCCUCUCGGGGGUCACACUGAAGAAGGUGUUUGAACACUCUGUGUCUAGACACGGGGAUGGAAAAGGAAGGUUUCUGCAGGUAGCAGGAAUUCGCGUCACCUACGAUCUCUCCCGACCCACCGGUUCUCGAAUCGUCUCUCUGGAGGUCCUCUGCGCCAACUGCACUGUGCCGAAGCUAGAGCCGGUGGUGGAUAACGUGCUUUACCGGGUGGCGGUGCCCAAGUUCAUAGCGGAGGGUGGUGACGGGUUCAAGAUGAUACGAGAGGAGAAACUGGCCCAGGUGGAUAUCGGGGCGCUGGACGCGGCCGUUCUGCGGUCUCAGGUGAUCCGGUUCUCACCGGUUAUAGCCGGAUUAGAGGACCGUAUCCGGUUCAUAGAACCCACUGCCCCAGGCAGUGGAGCUUCGGUGUCGGCGACCGUCAGCUCAGCGCUGCUGGUGGUGAUGAUAUUGCUGCUGAGAGUCUGCUGAUGGAGCUGAGACGCUGCUGAUGGAAAAGAUACUGCUGAAUGUUGUUGAAGCUCUGCUGAGUUGAUGUUGCUGAGGCUUUGAUGAUAUAAUUUAACACAACUGCUGAUGCUGCAGAGAGCUUGGUGGAAGCAGCUUAGCAUGCUGAUACUGACUGAUGAAGAUGAUAUUGCGAGGGUCUAUAUUGAUGCUGCUGAGGUUUUGCUGAGUGAGAUAAUGCUUCUUAAAGUUUGAUGACAAUGCUGACGCUACUGAUUUUAAUCGGAGUGCAAUCAUGCUUGUCUUAUGGAAAUAUUGUUCAGCGUUGCUGCAGAUGCUGAGAGCCUGUCACUGUGCCUUGUUACGGCUGCCGAGAGCCUUUUGCCUUGGCUUGCUUUACCGAUGAAGCUUCGUAGUGACAGAGCUUCUCAGAGCUGCGGAUGAACUUGCUACAGCUGCUGAUGUCAGUCUGCAUUGAUGUCUGGAGUACUUGGAGUACCUAAUUGUCUUGAGCAAUUGAGUAAUGUUUGGAGUAAUCGAUGUGCCUUCUAGUUGAGUAUAACUAGUGAUAAAAUCAGCAUGCUGCUGCCAUACUGCUGCCAUACGGCUGCGUGGAGCCUGCUAAGACUGAGUUCUGACGAAUUGCGAGGAAUAGUGAUGAAUCCGACAAUUUUGUCGGUUGAUUCAGCGUGCUAUCAGUUGAGGUAGCUGUGACUGAGCAGCUGGUAGGAUCGAUUGGCGCUACAAUCAGACCACAUGACAGCCAUAUAACCGAGUUUGAUAACUGAGUAAAACGUAGCCUGCUGAUUGCUUGAGCCUGCCGGUGUUCUUAUUGAGGUUGCUUAGCAACGAUCAUCUGCAGAUCAAUUGAUCAUAUUAUGUUGACGGUGUUCUUAAAAUUGAUUGGUGACUGAUCGUCUGAUGAUCUGAUAAUCUAAUGAUAGCCUUAUUUAGAUAUUUUACUGCGCAUAGUUGACUGAUAACUGAUCUUUAAU